AUGUCCCAAAAAUCAAAAACAUUGUUGCACUUAUUGCAAUAGUAAUAACACUAUCAUGAUGAUAUCAAUACAUCUUUGGAAUCUAAUUAUAGACAUAGUUCAGAACAUACAGAAAAGAAAUUUGAUCUAAAACUUCAAAAAUCUGUUGUAGAACUAUUUUAAUAAAUAAAAAGCAGUGUACUAAAAACAGAAGAUCAAGUUUAAUUAUUAAUUAAUAAUUGAUAGUUACUAUUAUGUUAGAUAAGAAAGGUAGUACCUCUUGAUAAAAAAGAAGAUUUAUAUUCAGAUCCGAUUUGUUUAAUUUGUUAUAUUGGAUGCAUAUUUACAAUUGUUUUACAAAAUAAAGUAUUCUUAGAAUGAGAUUAGUUUAAUUUAGAAUAGCAGAUAGAAGAUUAUAACUAAAGAAACUAAAAUGAUUAUGAAGAAUAAUUGAUUAAAUUAGAAGCAGAGAUUCGUUAACAUAUACGAGUAUAAUACAUAAAAUAAAAAAGAUUGAACAAUAAUUAAAAUUAUUUGGUGAGNCAAUCAUAAGUUUUAUUUUAAGACCCAUCUUUAUGA